AUGGGGGAUAAUUGUUUAAAAGUUGUAGCUGCGGCAGCGACCACUAACAACGUGACAGAUUUCCCCUUGAAAAUGAAGCCUGAUGAAGGUGAAACUAGUGGGACCAAGAAACUUAUGCAAGCUCGCUUACCCUUCAAGCCUCUUCAUCAGAAAGUUGAAACUGGUGUUUCAACACAGUCUCCCCAUGCAUCUGAGCCAUCAGGAACACCCAAAACUGUUCGUGUUAAAACAAAGGUUUCUUCUACAAAGAAAAGCCAACGAGAUGCCAUACGCCAAAAAGUAAAGGAUGAAAGAGAACGUGAGCGAUUGCAGAGGAAACAACAGAAAGAAGCAGAACGGCUUGGGAAACUUGAACUGAGAAAGAAAGAAAAGGAAAAAAAAGAACAAGAAAAGCAGCAGUUGAAAAUCUUGAAGGAGAAAGAAAGGCAGGAAAAGAAAGAAUUGUUGGAGAAAGAACGUCAAGAGAAAGAAAAACUUAAAGAAGACCAGCGCAGAAAGAAACAAGAAAUAAUUGAAGCCAAACAGGAAGAGAAACGAAAAAAGGAAGAAGAGAAGAAAUUGAAAGAAGAAGAAAAAAUGAAAGAAGAAGAAGAAAAACUUCGAAAACAAGAAAGAACCAAAGCUGCUUUCCAGAACUAUUUUCUCCUGAAACCAAAGGAAAUGUCAAACGUCAAGACUAAAGAACAUUCUGGUUUAUUCAUGCCAUUUGAAGUGAAAAAUAAUAUGCGAAUGGCACCAUCUUGCAGAAGAUCAACUACAGAAGAACUGACAGAAAAUUUAGACGCAUUAAUGAGCACCCAGAAACAUGAUACUCUGUAUUUGGAGGAGCUUAGAACUGGAAGAUUUACACCAAGAAAAUCUCUAAAGACUUGGCCAAAAGAAGAAGAACCUGAGGAUGUUUACCAUAUUUCUCAUGAGGAAGAUGUGGUCAAAAAAGUUACAUACAGAGUGAAACUUCUUCAGUUCCACACUAAUUAUCGUCCACCUUAUUAUGGCACCUGGAGGAAAAAAAGUUCAGUGCUCACCCCUAAAUUCCCUUGGAAACAGGAUACUAAAUUAUUUGAUUAUGAAAUUGACAGUGAUGAUGAAUGGGAAGAGGAAGAACCUGGAGAAAGCCUAUCUUCUUCAGAGGGUGAAGAAGACAAAGAAGAGAAGGAAGAGAAAGAAGAAGAGGAAGAUGAUGAAGAUGGCUGGAUGGUGCCUCAUGGUUAUCUGUCAGAAGGAGAAGGUUGUGAAGAUGAUGAAGAGGUCACUCCAGAAAUGUUGAAAGCACGCCAAGCUGCUAAAGCAGAAAGCUGGGAACGUCAAAGGAAGCAACAAUGCUUACCUCAUAAACCUGAACAUAUUGGAUGUGUUUGGGAAGGUGAUCAAAUAGAAGCUCUUAUUCUCAAUAAACUCUUAGAAUUCAAGGUGUGCAAUAUAGAUGGAGAGUUCCCAAUUGGCACAUCCUAUAAUGGGAUCACCAAAGACCUGGAACCUACAGAAACCCGCUCUACCAGCUAUCUCAAGAAACGAGCAGUCCCUGAAGAAGCAAUGCCUGACUUAAUUAAAUUUAUCCAUGGGAAUCGUGCAGGCAUUAAAAAGCUUGUGAUAGAAUUCCAGUUGUUUUGGAAUUCAAAGAAUUCAGAUGUGGUAGGCAAGGCAUCUCAAGGGGAAAAUGCAAAACCAGAGUCAAAUGUUGAAUCUACUCCUGGCACUCCAGCAGAAAAAAUGGAUUCUUCCAAACAAACAUCAACUCCGAACACUUCAAUCAAUGAAUCGGAUGCUCCAGAAGAGAAUUUUAUUAUAUCCAAACGUCAGUUAGACAAAAAGAUUACAACCAUUGCUGUCCGUGAAAAGCGUUCAGAUUUUCCCAAGAUCUGUUGGUAUGUCCAUCCGGAAGUAUUGAAGCAAUAUGGGUUGGAGAACCUUACUUUGAGAGACAAAGUCCUCGAAAAGAAGGCGGCAGAAGAAAACCCAGCAUGUGCAUCGAUACCAUCAAAGAAUACCACCCCAAACCAAGCUAAUGUGUCAGAGUCAAAAACACCAACAAGUAAAACUCCCUCAAGGGACCAAAUGUCAAUUCUGAGUUUUGCCCAAACAGCAGAUAAAUUAAAUACCAGCAGAUCAGAUGGAGAGUGUGAAAUGAUCGAGACUAAAUCUUUAGAUUUAAAAUCACAUGGCAACAAGCAAUUUCGUCGAGAUCAAAUGUCUAUUUUAAGCUUCACACGUGCUGCUAAUGAGAAAAUGGUGAUUGAUCUAACUGGGCUUGAUGGACAGCCAUCAGAUAAUGGCAAAGUCAUGAAGGAUGAAAGGAAAAUUAAUACAGCAGCCAAAUCCCUUGUAAAUAUUACAGAGUGUAGUCCCUCAGUGGGUUCAACUCCAGAUGCAGUUGUAAAUAAAAUACAUGAUGACUGCAUGGAAGAUGGCACAAACAACGGAUCUGGCAAAGAUCAUUUAUCAGUUGUAAAUGUUAAUAAAACAGAUAUUGAGAAGGCUACCAAUCUUCCACAUUCUCCAGAUGAAAUGAAUGUAGCUUCAUUGGAAAUGACCACUCAAGAAAAGCUUCCUGAAACCAAAUCUACCAUUGUAGAUGUUACCUCAGCUAAUAAUACCACAGCAACUCCUGAGCAGAACUUAAAUAUGGCUGCCUCUCCUGUUCCUCAGACUGUUACUGCCAAAGAAGACAAAACCAUCAGUGACAAGGGUAAACCUUGA